UACUUCACAUAUCCACUCCCUUUACUUUAUGAUUUCCCCCAUCAAUAAGGAUGUUUUCCUGUCUGCUCAUUGUUUACCUUCCUGGUAUCAAGCGUAUAUAAACCCUCUUAUUCCUGACACACAUCAGCUGAACUGAUAUUUUCUGGAAAGCAACCCAACAUCGCUGUUUGAUUUUGUGAAGAUGAAUAAACAGUUUCUCAUCCUGGUUUUUGGGCUGAAUCUUCAUGCUGUAACUGCAUACAUCAAUGGAGCGGUGACUCUGGCAUGCACAUCUAUGACUCCUAAUCAUAGAAAUAAUACUGCCUCUAUAUUAAAACCUCCAUAUAGAGUCACCACAGAUGUCUCAAACUACACAGCGGGUCAGGUGAUCAAAGUGACAUUGCAAGCCAAUGAGACUGGGUUCAGGGGCUUUCUUCUUCAGGCCAGGGAUGAGACGGGUCCAGUAGGAACUUUCACAGUCACAGGAAGCGAUGCUCAAUUACUCAGCUGUGGAACAGCGGGCUCAGCUGUCAGUCACACUUCAAAUGUUAACAAAUCAACUAUUGUGGCUCUAUGGAAAGCUCCUAACAACAACAACACAGAUAUUCGGUUCAGGGCAACAUUUGUGCAGAAUUUCUCUCUCUUCUGGGUUGAUGUUCAAAGUGAUCCUGUUAGAUUCGUGGGCACAAAUACAACAGUCACCUCACCCCACGACUCCAGUCCAUCAGUGUCUCUCACAAUCUAUCUUCUUCUUUUACCUCUGCUGGCAAUUAUUUAAAAACCGGGUGAAAAUGUUCAGAAAUCAUAUCUGUUCAAUGUACAAUGUUCAAUGUCAUUGGCGUUUAGUUUCAUAUUCAGUCAUGUUAUAUAUUUGUUGAAGUACAAUGAGAAAUAAUAUUUUAAUUAUAUAUUGAUUUUACAUUCUAAAAUAUAAAUGUUUAUUUUGUUACAG